AAAGGAAGCCUGUGAGUAAGCCACUCAAAGGCAACCUGGACACGCAGAAGGAGUCAGCUGGACUCUUCGGUGCUUUGCGUGUCCAGCCUGGGGUUUGGAUUUGCUGCUGGCUGGAGGCCAAAGGGUGCAGAGUGGGAAGGCAGGACCAUGUGGCUGUCUCCGGCUCUGCUUCUUCUCAGUUUCCCAGGCUGUUUCUCCAUCCAAGGCCCAACGUCAGUGAGAGGCCCAGAGCAGGGGUCAGUGACGGUGCAAUGUAACUAUAGCUCAAGAUGGCAAAAGCACAACAAGUGGUGGUGCCGAGGAGCGUACUGGAACACCUGCAGGAUCCUCGUUCGAACCACAGGAUCAGAGAAAGAAAAGAAGAGUGGCCGCUUGUCCAUCAGGGACAACCAGAGGGAGAACUCAUUCCAGGUUACCAUGAAAAUGCUCAAGCAAAACGACACAGGCACCUACUGGUGUGGUAUCGAAAAAAUUGGAACUGACCGUGGGACCAGAGUUAAAGUGACCGUUUACUCGGUGGGGAAAGAUACCAUGUCUACUUCUAAGCUACUUUCCUGGCCCACUGUGGACAGCAGUGCAGACGUGAUGUCUUCUGACAUGCACAGGAGGACCCAUUACAUACUUCUGGUGUUUGUGAAGGUGCCUGCUUUGCUCAUCUUGGCUGGUAUUGUCCUCUGGCUGAAGGGCUCAAUGCAGAAGGUCCCUGAGGAACAAUGGAGGCACACUCUCUGUAGCAAUUUGGACUCUGAACUUCUGGACAAAGACAUUGCUCCUUAGACUGACAGAUUGAGCAGAGCCUUCAUUCCAGAGGAGACGGCAGCCAGGGAGGAAGCGUCCUUAAGUCCUCAGUGGGC